CGCGCAUAUAGCCGGCAUGCGGGGUAUCAACGUGAAAAUAAUGAAUCCAUAUAUAUAUAUCCUCUUGCUUUGGGCUGAAGACGAAUCAAUCAUGUAAUGAAAGGGAUUCGUUCAAUAAUAAAGCAAGCGUCGCGAGCACGCUGGGGAAUGGAGAUGGAGGAGAGAAGCGGAGAUCAUCAUCGGUCGAAAGUAACUCAGAUGGCUCUUAUUAGAUAGGGUGGAAACCAUAGCUUGAAUACCUGAGGUUGCGCCAUGUUUUGCGCCUGUUACAGGAAGCCAUUUUUAGUAGGGAUUUUAUAGUUACUUAACUAGUCGUACGUAGUUAAGCAGUUUGUCCGGUCGAGGCAGAGGAUAUUUUAUCAAAGGACCACCGCCAUAUCAUUACUAUUUACUUGUAAAAGGUUGAACCUCGGGCUCGCUUCACAAACCGAGCAACUUUGGUCUCAAAACUCACAUUCAGGUACGUAAUAUAUUGGGAUAAAACAUCAAAUGAUUGGGGGAGAUGUCAGAUCUACUCUCCGCAACUAAUGAUUUAUAAUUCUUUGUGGGAACUUAUUCAGUCGUGUGCACUGAGACAUAGGUCUGUACAGGUCAAUGAGUAGCUGCUUAACGGUGGUGAUAUCAAGCACACAGAAGCGAACCUAGAAUCAAACCCUAAGAUAUUUAGUUACCAUGUCCCGUAGCGUGGACCUUCGUCGACUUCUGAAAGCCUAUGGGACUUUACGCGAACCUACGAUCCACCUUUUGCGGCAUACGCUCUAUUGUUGCUCGCGAUUCUAGAGAAGACGGAUGCAAAUGCAGAGGUUGUCCGGCGCCAACGUGCCUAUCUCCGCUGUUACUCAAUAUGGAGGUCACUGGUCAGUCUGGCAUCCUAAAGGCAAACCUGGUCAAUAGAAGAGAACAAUGCCGAAUCCGAAGCAUUUUGACAUCUUUCUGGAAACGAGAAUAUAUCAGCUUGACACUCCAUGGCAAAAAGCGGCCUAAGAGACAAAACCUAGAAAUUUGCGGUGGAACCUCGGACGCGGCCCAUUCCAGCCGUUACUUUGCGAGAUCUGGCGUUUCAUGAUUAACUUCAGAGAGGAAAGGUUUGAUUUGCAAUGGAAACUAAAUAUUUAUACAGUACAGGCAAAAUCCACCCCGCAGGGAAAAAAGGAAAAAGGGAAAAAGAAAAGGAAAAGGAAAAGGAAAAGAGAAAGGAAAGCCAUAAAGACCCCUACUCCGUUCCCCAUCCCUUUUACCUCCACCCCUCCACCUCCGCCUCCGCCUCGACCCUCUCCGCCCUCUUCACCUUCCUCAUAAGAUCCAAAUACUCAUUCACCCUCUUCUCCGCCCAGAUACAGCCGCCUAGCGUCAUCGCACUUAGCUGUAUAAACACCUUGAAUUGAGGUGUCAGGCCGCGGUAGACGCGUGACAUUGGGGCGAGGUUGGCGGAGAGGGCGGUUAGGGGGCGGUAGAGGAGCGGGGUGCGCGGGGGUGGUCUGGGUUUGGGCUCGGGCUGGCUGUGCGAGCUGGAAGUAGUUGGGGUCGAAGAGGCGUUAGAUGGGGAUGGGGAGGACGCGAAACGGAGUGGGUGUGGGAGGAGGAGGAUUAGGUGGGCUAGGAGGGAGAUCGACCCGUACUGGAAGGGGUUGGAAGGAGUAAGCGUUUUUCGUUAGUGGUUGUGGGUUUUUUUUUUUUUUUUUAUCUUUCUGAUUUUGGGCUGGAUGAAUCAAGGGCAAAGGGUGGGUUUUUAUUUUGCUUUUCCAUUUUCCGCUUUUUUUUUUUUGUGUAUACAAAUUAUAUCUAGUUAUAUAGGUUUAACGUACACGAGUCGCGCCAGUGAAGAAACCCUUCAGUGCUUCUUGCAUGACUUCGGGGGGCGGGUCAAUGUUUCCGCGCUGGUUGGAAGGGGCGGGCAUUGUGAUAAUUUAUAUGUAUGAGUCUGUAAGUGCUGUAGGCGAGAAUUGAGAUAUGUUGGGUUUCGAUUGCAUAUAUGGAUGAGUUCCUGUCUGGCGGACAGCGACGGACGACGGUCAGCAGAUGCCGAGCGGGGAGCUAGAUUAGAGGUAGCCCCGGCGUUCUUUGACAACAGGGAGCGAUUAACCUAUAAUCAACACACAUUGGAACGAGAAGGGUAUGCAGGUAGACAAAUAGAUGGACAGAGAGAGAGAUUGACAAA